UCGUUAAUGUGGCCGUGGGUAUUCCUGCCUUUGUGUGUUAUUCUUGUGAUCGCUGGGAUUGUGAUUUGUUAUCGAAAGACAAGAAGAAACGACAACUAUUAUGAUAAGAAUCCAAACAAACCAAUGACACAUGCGCAAAAAGUCAAACUGUACUCCUUUAAAAAUGAGGCUUUUUCCCUUUCAACUGUUAAUCAUGAUUUGGAGUCCUUUGGAAUGAUGCCCGGCAAAUGGUGGGAAAUCCCGCGGGAAUCUCUUCAACUUCAAGAAGAGUUAGGCUCUGGUGCCUUUGGAAUGGUGCAAAAAGCACAGCUACGUGUUGAAAAUGGCGUCAUGACCUGCGCAGUUACGAUGCUACAAAAAAUAGCAAGCGAGGAGGAUCAAAGAGAUCUGUAUCAAGAGUUGAACACCAUGGACAGCGUUGGUCGUCAUGACMACCUAGUGAAUCUGAUUGGUGCUUGUACAUGUAACGGUCCACUCAUGAUUGUACUUGAAUUUGCCGAGAAGGGGAGUCUCAUUGAUUACCUGCAAGAUCACGUGACAACGGUGGAUGGRGAGYAUGUCUGCUCUCUCRCUGAAAGCGAGAAAUURARCAUUAGCCUUGAUAUCGCUAAAGGAAUGCAGCAYUUGGCUAAAGUUAAGGUAAACCGAAUGCUGCUAUUCUAUUGAGAUUUCCAUCCUGUAYAUUAUAUAAUUCCGUAUCAAAGCUUUCUAUAGUUCGCAAGCUAAAUUGGCUUCAUGAAAUUGAAAUAAUGGAAAGUUAUAGUGCUUAGAAGGAGGUUAUUCCGGGAGAAARACCCUUASAAAAAUUACUUUCCGACCGCCUAGGAUUAGGACCCACGACCCUCGGAUUUGUACGACCGAUGGUCUACCAUCGGUUUCGGGGUGAAACAGUUGUUAGGUUGAUCAUACCAAAAUAAACGAUACUUUGCUCACUUUUUUUGUCUUGAGAGGAAA